AUGUAUAAAAUUUCCCAUUUCAAUCACAACUUGUGCUACUUUCUAAGACACCGUGUGGACUUGGCAAUAGGUGGACAAGGCGACAAGGACGAAGAAUGCGGUUUUUACUCCAUAUGGACAUUCUCUCCUAAAUCCCGUUGGAAUGCGAUAAAUUUAUAUCUCAAUGAGGAGGUCUGGUGCCAAAUACCAUGGUUCCCUCUAGUCUAUUGGCUUGUGCUUCUCAUCAGCAUUUUGGGAUCGGUUUAUAGUCUGUUUGAAUUUGUGACACUGGCACUCUCUGGGGGAAAGCCGCUAUCAUUGUGGCGUAUACGGAAAUACCACGUCCUUCCGCAAACCCUGUUGAGGAGAUGUCGUUUGUUGGGAUCGUUUGUCAUGUUCAAUUGUUGGCUAGUGCUUUCUUAUGCAGUGGUCAGCGUCUCUCCGAGUCACAUGACACCUUGGCUGACCACAAGCUUUCUAUCGUUGGCCUGCGAAACACUUACGUGCUUAAUUGAACUUUUAAUGGGAUUUAAUCGCAUUGAUUUCGAUAGUGUCCUUGCAUUGGCCCUGCCUAUCGCCAACUAUUGGCUUGUAUGCUGCGUUCGAAAUAUUUUCCAGAAGGCUAUCCAUACCCAUGAUUUAGAUGAAGUGCGUUUAUGGUGGUAA